AGUAAACUGUACCGUGUGUAAAGGGGUAUUAGAAACGGGAUUUAAAGAGAACCAGUGGAUUAGAUAUGAUCGUAUUUCUCUUCUGCAGUGGCAAGCACAUGAGAUGCGUAACUUUUUUCUGCACUUGUGUGUAUAGCUUUGUUUAUUGCUGCAACGUUACCAGUAGCGACUGUGCUCACUGUGACGGUGCAUUUAAAGACUCGGUGUGCGCAAAGUACCGGAUGGGAAAAGUGUAAUUCAUCAGGGUUAGGAUGAAUUACUACUAGGAUGUCAUUUUUUGUGUAAGUUUUCUCUGAAAUCUUGCUUUGCUGCAGAAAGAUGGCUUUGGAACCGAAGCAAGCGAGAUUGUUGUGCAUGCUCUGUCUAACUUUCGGCUUUUUUGUGGUGGAGGUGGUGGUGAGUCGAGUGACCGGCUCUUUGGCGAUGCUCUCCGAUUCCUUCCACAUGCUGUCGGAUGUGAUCGCACUGCUCGUGGCGCUGCUCGCGGUCAGACUCGCGGAUCAAACAGCGGCCACGAGCCUCAACACAUUCGGAUGGAUCCGUGCAGAAGUCCUGGGCGCGCUGGUCAAUGCCGUGUUUCUCACUGCGCUCUGUUUUACCAUCUUACUGGAGGCAGUGGAGCGCUACACAGAGCCGCAUGAAAUUGAAAACCCGCGGGUUGUGGUGUGGGUCGGAGUGGCCGGGCUCGUUGUAAAUGUGCUAGGGCUUUUGCUCUUUCAUGGCUACGCAGGACAUGGACACUCUCACGGCUCAAGUAACAGGAGGUAUAAAAAAUCACAGACAUCAGAAUGGGAGGCUUAUGAUCUGAUGGUGAAGAGCAGAUCUGCUGAUCCUAGCCAAAGUGACCAUGUCGUUCAUGUUGAAGCAGACCUUGUUUCAAAACACAGCCUGGAAAUCCCUUUGAAUGGGAACAUCUCAUCGGAGAAGGCGGAGCAUGAAUUAGAUUCGUCAUCCCAGCUCAACAUGCGUGGAGUCUUCUUACACGUGCUGGGCGAUGCCCUUGGCUCUGUCAUUGUAGUGGUUAAUGCUCUCAUUUUCACAUUUGUGUGGAGGACAUGUGACAGUCAGGAGAUGUGCGUUAAUCCAUGUACCAGUAGCUACUGCACUGACCACUGUCCUGUGAAUACACACUUGAUCCACAGAAAUGACACCAGUGUUGUCUCUGUAGCUGGACCGUGCUGGGUGCUCUACCUGGAUCCCACACUCUGCCUAAUCAUGGUGGCCAUCUUGCUCUAUACUACCUUCCCACUGCUGAAGGAGUCAACCCUCAUCCUUCUGCAGUCAGUCCCUAAGCAGAUUGACAUGCAGAGUCUGGACAAAAAGCUGAGGAGUCUAGAGGGGGUUCUAGCAGUCCAUGAGCUGCACAUUUGGCAACUAGCCGGGAGCCGUAUUAUCGCCACAGCACACGUUAAGUGUCACGACCCGGCAUCCUACAUGGACACAGCCAAACGCAUCAAAAACUUUUUCCAUGAAGAAGGGAUCCAUGCUACCACAGUCCAGCCUGAGUUCUCAGAUGACAAAGGGCUCGAUGUCUCAGAGUGUGAACUGCCCUGUUACAGUCAGUGCACCCUGAAGCUCUGCUGUGACACAAGCUGGAAAUCUAGAUCUGAAUCAGCACUCAUGUGCACAGACAACACCUCCAGUCAAAAUAAUCCUCAACCAUCCACUGCUAGCUGGAAUAUUCAGCAAAAGCCAGAAGAUCUUCUGCAGAUGGAGUUGGAGUCCACUGUUUAGGUUUGAAAA